UAUGUCACAUAAUGAAUAAUCAGAAAUGCAUCCUGGAAUGCAAAUGAUGGAUAUGAGAAUGUAUAUGAUUAUAAAUUGGGAUUAUAAAGUUAGAUUUGUAUUUAAUAAGUAUAUCAUUUAUUUUUAUUACACUAAGUUGGAAAUCAACUACUCAUGGUGAAUUUGUUGGUGGAUUAUUUGUCACAAUGUUUUUCUGUGUUUUCCUUUGUUUACUACCAGUUCUCAAAGGAUUUGCAGAUAAAUAGAAGUACACAUUCAUAUAACAAGAUCUCUAUUUUUGAAGAUUGUAUGGUAAUUACUAGCUGCAACAUAGUCAUCUAUUACAAUGUUUUUAUUGAUGACAGUGAAUGGUAAAUAUUAAGAAAAUAAAAAAGGUUGGGUUUUUCUUGCAAUGGCUCUUGGUUUCGGAAUAGGAAGUUUUAUAUUCUAUCCAUAAAUGCCAAUUAGUGAAAAACAUUAAAGAGAAGAUGAUUAAAAAGUCUUAGAAAGAGUAAAUUGA